AAUGCAUUCAAGAUAAUAGUGUCGUGUCCUGUAAACACUUCACAAAUGAAUCUGUAUCUGUUGACUAUAAUAUGGGCGAUAGUGACGUCAUGCCGGGGCUACAACAUCCUGAUCAUCAACACUGUUCCCACCAAGAGCUGCUUCACGCUGAUGUACGGGAUCGCUGAGCCCCUACUCGACGCAGGACAUGAGGUAACUUUUGUGUCCCCCAAUCCGAGUCCGAAAGCUAGAAAGGAGAUAAAAAUAAUAAAUGCCAGUGCGGUCAAUAAAGUGUUAGAAGAAGCUGCACAUGAUGAAAUAGAUUUCACUACGCUACUAGAAUUUACUAGAAUUGUGGGGAGGACCAUGAUCAACAUUCCCGAAGUAAGGCAGACUCUCAUAGACGUGCAGUUCGAUGCCGUUAUCACGGAUUGGUUUUACUCUGACCCCGCAGAGGCUGGAUAUGCGGCCGUACAGCAAGUUCCAUGGAUUAUACUCAGCGGUUCGGUCACAGAGCCGUUCCUUGAGGCGAUGUUGGAUACAGUGCGAUUGGUACCCACCGCCCCUGUCAUGUAUCACAACACAAAAGAGCCGAUGAACUUCUGGCACCGCAUCAUCAACACAUUCUGGCAAGCUAGAAUAUUUUACCAAAUGAAUAACAUGUUGAAAGUAGCAGAAGGAGACUACGAGAGAGAUUUUGGACCAAUAGCUAAGGCGAGAGGAGUCACUCUACCGCCGUUUUCCCAAGCCCAAUAUAACAUUUCGGUGGCUUUUGCUAGCGACUACCCACCUGCGUCGCAAGUGAAAAGCCUACCACAAAAUUUGAUCCAAGUUGGAGGAUACCACAUCCCACAGAAAACACCACCACUACCAAAAGACCUUGAAGAGAUAAUGAGUACAUCUAAGAACGGUGUGAUUUACUUCAGUCUGGGGUCAUGGUACCAAUCUACAUUCCUGCCGAGACAAACUAUAUUGGACUUGGUAAAACUCUUCGGCCAGUUAGAAUACACGGUCCUGUGGAAAUAUGAGGAUACCUUAGAAAAUAUACCGGAUAAUCUUCACAUUAGACCUUGGCUGCCACAACCAAGCAUACUUGCUCAUCCCAACUUAAAGGUUUUCAUCACCCAUGGAGGACUGCUCAGCACAUUGGAAUGCCAGCACUAUGGAGUCGCUACCGUCGCGAUCCCUACCUUCGGAGACCAAUACAAUAACGCGAUGAGGAUGGAACAGGCAGGGACGGGAGUCAAAGUCGAUCUGUCAGAGAACUUAGCAACGGACUUGGAAGUGGCUCUGAAGAAAAUCCUAGCUGACGAUGGCUACCAAAGGCGCGCGAAAUUUUAUUCCGCCAUUUUCAACUCCAGGCCAGUUUCUCCAAGAAAACUUAUACAGUUCCACGUGGAGCAAGCAAUUAAAACAAAAGGAUCCUACCAUCUCCGUUCGAGAGCAUCUCUAUACGAAUGGUACCAACUGCUGAUGUUGGAUCAAAUCGCACUUUUUCUCGCGAUAAUUUAUGUAUUCUAUAAAUUCAUUACGAUUUUGAUCAACAAAAUACUAUCAAAAUUCCAAUCGAAGACAACAAAAUUAAAGCAAAAAUAAUAAAUUAAGACGUUUUGA